AGAAAAAUCUCUUUGAAAUUAGAGUAUCCAAAUUUACCUAACCCUCAUCUCCUUCUCCCUUAAAUCCACCCCACCUUCUUUCCCUUUAAAACCGAACUUAACCCAUCUCCUAUCGUGCAGAGCUAAGUUAGUUUACUUGCUUUUCUUUUUUAUGCAGGAAGUGUUUAGUUAAGGUUUCAAGCCAACCCACUUUUAACUGCAAAACUUCUAGUUUCUUUUUUUUUUUCAUCUAAAAAUAUUCUCCAUUUUCUUGACAAAUGAUGGGGGCUUUGUUCCUAAAUUCUUCGUCAGUUGCACCGACUAAACUCCCAAGAGUGUCCAACAUGCGUGACCGGUGCUUUCUGAGGAUGAAUAAGAAUGUGGUGUAUUGUCAAGGAGGUGGUAAUGUAGUAAAGUCUACUGGGUUUUCUUCGGUUAUGACAGGAAGACAAGCAUUGGUAAGCACGGAUCAAAGUGCAGUUUUAAGAGAUGCUGGAAGCUUGGUUUUGUCGCCAAAUGGAAAGAGCCAGGCAGAGAUUGCAGUGAAGGACUUGGUGCCCUUUGGAGAAACAUCCACCCCUUCGGUAGAGGUGCAUGAUGGUAUUGGAAUUGUCAAAUUUCUAAGAGGGAAGACGUUUCUUAUCACUGGUGCAACUGGGUUUCUAGCAAAAGUUUUUAUUGAGAAGAUUUUACGGACAGAGCCCGAUGUGGGUAGAAUGUUUCUUUUGAUCAAGGCAGAAAACAAGGAAGCGGCAAUGGAUAGACUGAGAAGUGAAAUCAUAAAUACAGAGAUUUUCAAGUGCCUCCAACAAAUUCAUGGAAAGUCAUACCAAUCCUUCAUGUUGAGCAAGCUAGUUCCUGUGGUGGGCAAUAUCUGCGAAUCCAAUCUUGGCUUAGAUGAAGAUUCAGCGGAUUUUAUUGCAAAAGAAGUCGACGUAAUAGUAAAUUCUGCAGCGAAUACAACAUUCGACGAAAGAUAUGAUGUUGCUAUUGAUAUAAACACAAAAGGACCUUGCCACCUCAUGGGCUUUGCGAAGAAGUGCAAGAAAAUCAAGCUCUUCUUGCAAGUAUCAACAGCUUAUGUUAAUGGACAAAGACAAGGAAGAAUAAUGGAAAAGCCAUUCGGUAUUGGAGAUAGUAUAGCAAGAGAGAUUUUCCAAAUUUCAUCAGGAUCCCACCCUACAUUGGACAUCGAAAGUGAAAUGAAGUUGGCUUCGGAUUUCAAGAAAGAUUCUGAAGUCGAUUUAGUGGCUCAAAAGAUGAAAGAGUUGGGUCUGGAAAGGGCCAAAAUAUAUGGCUGGCAAGAUACUUAUGUUUUCACAAAGGCUAUGGGGGAAAUGAUGAUUGACAAAUUGAGAGGAGAAAUACCGGUUGUCAUUAUUAGACCCAGUGUUAUUGAGAGCACUUGCAAAGAGCCAUUCCCUGGAUGGAUGCAAGGGAAUAGAAUGAUGGAUCCUAUAGUCCUGUACUAUGGGAAAGGGCAACUCACUGGUUUCUUAGUUGAUCCAAAUGGAGUACUCGAUGUAGUACCAGCAGAUAUGGUUGUUAAUGCAACUUUGGCAGCCAUUGCAAGGCAUGGAAUGGCCCAAAAACCGGACAUCAAUGUAUACCAGAUUGCUUCAUCUGUUGUAAAUCCGCUAGUUUUCCAAGACCUGGCGAGACUGCUCUACGAGCACUAUAAUUCCUCUCCAUGCAUGGAUUCGAAGGGUAGGCCAAUCCAGGUUCCAUCUAUGAAGCUAUUUAGAUCCAUGGAAGAGUUCUCUACUCACCUAUGGGGAGAUGCUAUUCAGCGAAGUGGGUUGACAGCUAUGGCCUCUUCAAACGGGAAAUUGUCUCAGAAACUUGAAUUUAUUUGCAGAAAAUCAGUAGAACAAGCGAAGUACUUGGCAAACAUAUAUGAGCCAUACACAUUUUAUGGUGGAAGGUUUGAUAGCAGCAAUACUCAAAGAUUAAUGGAGAGGAUGUCUGAUGAAGAGAAGAGGGAAUUUGGAUUCGAUGUGGGCAGCAUAGAUUGGAGAGAUUAUAUCACAAAUGUCCAUAUUCCGGGUCUAAGGAGGCACGUCAUGAAGGGAAGAGGGAUGGGUAGCUAAGUACCAUUCAUCUUGUUACAUGUAAUCACCAGCUAAGUCCUCCAACCAAUUGUAAUAAAACAAAGUUACUUUUUUUUUUUUUCUCUCGUUUUAGAACUUAUAUAUUGGGGCAAAGAGUGUUCCCUGAAUAAUCUAUACUGUAUUUCAAUUAUAAGGCAAAGAAAAAAGAAGUGUUGCCUUAAUAUCUUAUGGUGUAAACAACCAAUGCUCUUGUAAUAGGAUUCUAAUGGA